UCAAAUCAAUCAACAUCCCCUGAGCCAGCGGUUCGCAGUCCGCACCUCCCCUUUGCGGAAAAAACCCUCUCCGGCAGCGCAAACCCCCGCUGCCCCAUCCAAACCUAGCUCCAAGAAGCCCCAUGCGGCUCCGCAGGCGUGUUGGCGACGGCGGCGGGGACCUCGGAGACGCGGCGAUGCUCGGCGCCGUGGGGCUUGGGGACUUCGCGCGGCUCGUCCUCCCCGACCACCCGCCCGAGGAGCUCGGGCUCGCCGCCGCCUACGACGACGCCUCGGGCCGCAUUUUGGUCUCCAUCGCCGGCGCCUCCGGCGCCCCCAUCUCCGCUUCCCCCGCCGAUCUCGCGGGCGCCCUCGAGCUGCCGCCCGGCCCGGUUGGCCUCGCCAAGGGGGUGGACGCGGCCUUGUUCGCCACCGCCGAGGCAAUCGCCGCCGUGAGUGGGUUCGUCCGCGAUCGCGUGAUUCUGGGAGGCGGAGGGGACGGAGGGCAUGCGUCGGGUGAGGUCGCUGCGGCGCUGCGGUUGGUGGAGGAGGGCAAGGCAUAUGAGGUGGACUGGGGCGGUUUGGUGUGGGCGGUGGUGAAGGGGGAGGUGGUGGACGGGACGCCGCGGCGGUACGCGCCGUACCUUAUCCAUCUGUUGGAGCGCCAAACCCCGGGUCUUUUCGCCGAUUUUGAUGGGAGGUUGCCUCGUCCGAAGAGAUGGAAAGGCCAGCAAUGCCAGUGGGAUUCUGUUGGGUUCCUUGCGUUGGAGGAGGAAGAAGAUCCCUCCUUGGUUUAUGGGGGGAGCCAGAACAUUGGGGACUUGGAGGAUAUGCCAAUCUUCGGUGAGGGCUCUGAUGUUAAGCUUUUGGGCCAUAAGAUGGAGUAUGAUGACAGGGAAGGAGGUUGUAGCCGGAGUUCUGCUCGACGCUCUAUUGAAAUGGAAGAUGAAGAUUACAACAAUGUCAAUGUAGAUGUUGGCCCUUUGGACACCACGUCUUAUCUUCCACUGCAGUACGUCGCUUGCCAACCUCUUUCCACUCUCUCGCCUUUCCAAGCAUGUAUGUCAAAAAUCCUAGGUUAUGUCCCUGCCAUGGAGAGUAGAUACUUGAAUUUGGAGAAGGCUUGCAGGGACACUCGGGAUGAAGUAGAGUGGAUUAAGAAAAUGGUGAUGGAAAAAGACCACUUAGUUGCAGCUACGAUGAGUGAUAUGCAAGAGGAGCUUAGACGGAGAAGUGCUUCCAUGCGUCCAUACGAAGCAGACAUGAAUCUGAUGUACCGCACGAUUCAACAGUAUGACAAAUUACUUGAGAAGUCUUUGGCUGAACUUCAGGAAGUUGCUGGCUCAGAUUCAGAGGUUCUUGGUAUCUCUAGUGGGCAGAAUCGUGCUUGGGUGCAGCAUUAUUCUAGCCAGAAGAUGAGCGUGAUUGAUGUAACAUGGUCUUUGAAGUCUUCAAAGCUUCUGAAGGAGAUUACAGAAGUGGAGAUGGGCAUAACGAAGCUCAAUCAUGAAGUACAAAGACUAAAGAAUUCCAGAUCAAUUCCAGACCUUAACAAUGGUGUGGAAGACAAUGAUGAGGCAGAAGCAUCCCAGAGGAAGAUAGAGGACAGUUCUUGUGCAAGUGAAGGAUGUCAUGUCAACAAUACCACACUGGGAGGAAAGCAGCUUCUUGAAUUGGUAGCAAACCCUGAUCAAAGGAAUGACACCGGGGAGAGAAUGGAUCAGAAUGGGGUUCAGCUCUGAAGAUGAAGCAUGCCAUGGUGGUGCAGCCUCAUAGGGAACAAGCUAGGAAAAAAAAGUUAUCUGCUUGCAUUUUGGUUGAAUGGUAGGUUGUGUGCAACUUAGUAUCGUGUGAUAGUGCUGAUCAGAUUGCACCAAUGUUUUGUCAUGUGAACCUUAGAUAGAGGUAUAAUUAUACAAGGUUAUCCCUAACUUAUUAGUCUGUAAGAAUGGUUUAACCAGUGGCAUGGGUGGUGCAAUGAUUUGGACAUCAUUUAGAA